UAACAAACAGCAUCCACUUCCGCUCUUUUUCCGCGUGCCCACGUUCGCGCAAACUGCAGACCGACUGGCACGAGACUGCGUGUGUUUAGCGCUGGCUCGCUGUGUCGUGUUAUCCUCCUGACGGAGGCCUGGGCGCAUGUCCGGCGAGGUUGCUCAGCUCAAGCAUGAGGGCUCACAGCUGCAAGUCGUGGCCGCAGGCGCUGUUGCGGGUCUCGUUUCACGCUUCGUGAUUGCACCCCUCGACGUCAUCAAGAUCCGCCUGCAGCUCCAGGUCCACUCGCUGUCCGACCCUCUCAGCACGCGCGGUGUCCAAGGACCGACAUAUAAAGGCACAAUCGGUACACUGAGAUCCAUCGUUCGUGACGAAGGCUUCACGGGGUUAUGGAAGGGCAACGUUCCGGCGGAGCUCAUGUACCUCUGCUACGGUGGUGUACAGUUCUCGACAUACAAGUACACCUCAAAUCUCCUUGAGACGCUCCCAUCGCCCUAUGAGCUCCCUGGCUCAGCAGUGUCCUUCAUCAGCGGCGCGACGGCGGGCGCGUGCGCAACCACUGCGACGUACCCGCUGGAUCUACUACGGACGCGGUUCGCAGCCCAGGGAACGGAGCGCGUGUACACGUCUCUCGGCGCAUCCAUACGGCAUAUUGCAAAACAUGAAGGGCCCACGGGCUUCUUUCGCGGAUUGGGCGCUGGCGUGAGUCAGAUUGUGCCCUACAUGGGCCUCUUCUUCGCGAGCUACGAGGGUCUGAAGCCCGCCAUGGCAAACUCGCCCCUCGCUCUUCCGUUCGGUGGCUCCGACGCAUUUGCGGGCAUCAUCGCGAGCGUAUGCGCCAAGACAGCCGUCUAUCCGCUCGACACGACGCGAAAGCGACUGCAGGUGCAAGGCCCGAUGCGGUCGAAAUUUGUGCACCGCAACAUACCCUUGUACUCAGGCGUCAUGAGCACACUGGUGACGAUAUCGAAGCGCGAAGGAAUGCGGGGCUUGUAUCGAGGGCUGACGGUGAGCUUGCUGAAGGCGGCCCCGGCAGCUUCUGUGACUAUGUGGACGUAUGAGAGAGCCAUGGCGGGCAUGUUGAUGCUCGAGGACAGACUGGCAGCGGAUUGAUACUGAGCUGCGUCCGACGGAAUAGUGUUGCAUAGCUUGGCGCAGAAUGACUCGUAUACCCAUUUCCUACCCCUCUGAUAGACGGCAUCUAUAGCACGAACGAGCAAUCACCGCGAUUGGCCUCAGGUCUUCU